GCUCUAGUAGUAAAAUAGAGUGAUCUCCCCUUAAAAAAAUAACCGGAGGAGGAGUGUAACAGUUAGCAUAGCUUGGUAGCCGGGAGGGAUAAAAUAACAGAAAGCGGGUACAAUGUCUGGUGACAGCACGUACGACUAUUUCGGCGGAAUUGAGGGGGGUGCCACACAUUCCAAAAUGGUGUUGUUCCGGUCGGAUGGCAAAGUGAUGGCCAAGACAGAGGGGCCAUCUACUAAUCAGUGGCUGGUUGGACAGGAGGAAUGUUUGAAGAGAGUUAGUGAGAUGGUUCAAGAAGCGAAGAAAAUUGCAGGUCUGGAUGAAAAGAAACCCAUCAAGGCUCUGGGUUUGUCUAUGAGCGGAGCUGACCAGAAAGAAGCUCAGCAACAAAUCAUUGAUGGUAUGAAAUCCAAAUAUGGUGAAGUGAGUGAGAGUGUGGCCGUCUCCAGCGACACAAAUGGCGCCAUAGCAACCGCCACUGCAACAGGUGGAAUUGUGCUGAUAGCAGGUACGGGAUCAAAUUGUCAGCUCGUUAACCCUGAUGGGAGUACCUACAGAUGUGGAGGAUGGGGACACCUUUUAGGGGACGAGGGUGGAGCAUACUGGAUUUCACAGCGAGCUAUCAAGGCCUAUUUCGAUCACGAAGACAAUCUCCAUCCUCAACCGUAUGAUGUUACUUUUGUUAGGGACGCCAUGCUCAAAUAUUUCAAGAUAGAGGAAAGGAAUGGCCUCCUACAGUACCUAUAUACCAACUUUGACAAGUCCUUCAUCGCUGGAAUGUGUAAGGAAUUAGCUGCAGGGGCCAUAGAAAAGAAGGACAGACUCUGUCAGCAGAUGUUCCACGAUGCUGGAGAGAUCCUAGCCGGCCAUAUCCUAGCACUGGAACCAAAGAUAGACAAGAAACUGUUAGAACAGGGUCUAAGUGUGGUAUGUGUAGGGUCAGUGUGGAAAAGCUGGGAGCUCAUGAAAUCGGGUUUUAUGGAGGUGAUGGAGAAGAAUACAAGUCACAGAAUUCGUCAGCUUAGCUUGUGUGAAUUAAAAGAAUCGGCAGCCGUUGGUGCCGCUAGUAUUGGUGCUACGAGUAUUGGGAGCCUCUUGCCACUUGACUAUUCAGAAAAUGCAUCAGUAUUCUUCAAAACACAGCUGGGAAAAUAGACUAUGUUGUUUCAUGUGGGUUAAAGAUUAUGAGUUUUUACGGAACGUUAAUUAACUGGUACUUUACCGUAAGUCUGGGGCUAAGUUAAUGACGUAGACUUACAGUAGAUUUUUCAGCCUAAAUAUCUGGACAUAAAGUCAGUAUAUUUAUACUUUUUAUAUGUUUUGGGAUUAACAUUUUAUCCUAUUCAACUGGAAAAAAUUACUGUUGCACAUUUAAAUUUAUUGUUUGAUCGAAGAUGAUGAAAAUGGGAUUUAUAAAAUAAUAACUCAAAAUGUCCUUUUCAUGUUAUACUGUUACCAACUGAAUCUUGGUCUGUUUUUAAGGGAUAUUUGUGAUCAUAAAAUUUUGAUUUUAUUAUUUUGUUGAACACUAUUUUAUAUACAUUGUACAAUGUACAGAAGUAUAUACUUCAGACAACCAAAGUUAGAUUGGUUUUGUUUCCUAAUAUUGAUGUGUUGGUCAGAAACUAUCUGAAGAAAUAUUCUCUAUUGAUAAAGAACAAAGGCCUGUCCGUUUAUGCUGACAAACUAGUUUGUCAAUUUUGAUUUGUGACAUUUCAGACAUAAAUCCUGAUAGACCUGUAGAUGUUAAUUAAUACAGGCCUUUAAAGUCAAGGCUUGUCUGAAAAUGACAAAAAAAUCACUAGGUCCGUCAUUAUUUCAUAAACGAACAACUUUGGUUCAACUAUUUAUACAGGGAUAAACGAAAAUGGCCAGGUACAUGUAUCUAUGGCUGGGAAUAUGUUUAAAAUUAUUGAGAAGAUAUGUAGAUACCUUAAUAUUGCCUUUUGGAAUUCAGAGAUUAUUUCCAUUGAAGGAAGUUUACAUUUUUAUUGGAAACAGCUAUUAUAUUCUCAGGUGCUUAAUUUAUAUGCAUGCAAAUCUUGAGUGGAAACACGAGAUUGUGUUGUGGGAAGAUAGGAACAUUUUUGCUUUCAUUUCAGUGAUUUUAAGUUAGAAUCUAGCAAGACUUACAAUUUUGCCAAAAUAAAAUAUUUCAAAGAAAGUUUAAAUGAAAAAAGUUGUGAUACAUAUUGUUAUGUAGCGAGUGUGAUUUCAUGAAAAAAACGUAAUAAUCUCAAUUUUUAUUGGCGAAUCGAACCAGAGCUGCCUAGGUGAAUGACGAGUGUGUCGUCAAUAUGGGUACCCCACUAUGUAAUGUCACCUGACCACCCAUUGAUGGUUCAAAUUGUUCAUUUAAAAAAAAUUUAAACACAGACUUUAAAACUAAGAACUUAGAAAACAAUGCUGUAUGUAUUCAUUAAUAACUUCAAACUUAAUAAUAUAUGGUAAACCUUUUGUCAAUUCGAAUAAGCAGAUGGUUUGAACACAUAUUUUUUCAAUAAAAGCAACAGUUUUCUAGCUGCUAGUGUUAGUUCGAACUCUAGUUGUUUAUAAUUGACACUAUUUUGGAUAGUCCGAACUUGUCAAAUGAAGAAUGUAAUGUAAGAUAUUUUUAUUUAAGUGAGACACAUGCAGGCUUUCUCAAGUUAAUUUGAUAAAUUUAACUUUCAAUAUAUUAAAUCCUAUUGCUACUUGUAGCUGUGGUAAUGGUUGCAUUGUUUUGAAUACAGAAGCUUGUAGUUUGAAAUCAAAACUUGACUUAGAAUUUUAAAAUACCAGGGCCCAGUCGUUCAAAUGAUAAUUAGCUUAAUCACUUGAUUAGUGAAAAUCUCAUUUCUCUAAAAACUGGUGUUAAACUGUGUUUAGACUUAUAAUCACUAUUGAACAACUGGGCCCAGGUAAUAAAGAAAAAUUACUAAAAAUGAAAAGUGUUCUCAAAGAUUAUAUUACCCUCAAAUGUAGCAUCAUAAUUUGUUAAUCAAUUUUAUUGAUAAAGUAAAUAUGUUGUAGGCCCAAUUUCUUUUAUUUCUAGUCAUUUUUUAAAAUAGAAAAUUAGUUUGCUGUAUUUAUGGAAUUUUAUUUGUUAGUUUAGGGGACAAACCAAUAUGUUUAUAUACAUAUAUACAAUGUAUAUAUAUUAUGUACCGCCGCUUGUAAGCAUCUGUACCAUAUUUAUAUACAGAACACAGCCAAUAGUAUGGUAUGUCCAUACAAUGUCUAUGCAAUGCAUUCCAAUCAUUCAGAUUUUACACAUGAGAGAUACUGUCUGACAAUUGUUUCUCGCAUACUUUAUUAUCCUGUGACGCUGCUCACAAUAACGUAACGUCACCAUUGAGUAAUUAUGUCGUUAAUGAUGACGUUAUCGGGUAUGACACACAUUACAAGGAGCCUUGCAGAUGGCGCGAUGAAAUGUUUUCAUAAAAACUUAGACUUGCAAGUGAUUCACAAAUAAGGAUACAUCAAACAUGGGUCUGUUCCGCGAACAAGGAUAUCUCAACCCUCGUGUAAGAGUUUGGCUGGCCAGCACUCGAUAAGUCUUGUACUGACUGGCCAAACUCUUACACUCGGGUUGAGAUAUCCCUGUCCACGGAACAGACCCAUGUUAGAUUCUGUUAUUCCUUGACUGACUGAUAAAGCUAAUCUACUGCAAUCUCAAUUUGACAUUAUUUUCAUUUUGUAAGGUGUUAUACUGUUGUUAUUUGUUGCAAUGAAUUAAGUAACAUGUUUUGGUAAGUUAAAAUGAGAGAGCAUUUGAAAUAUAUUUAAGAUGGAAAACAUUUCUGGAAUAGAUUUUAAGCAAUGCUACAAUGUUUUCAGGGUAUGACACCUGUUUUCAGAUAUUUCAUUUGAAAUAUAUUUUUGAUGGAAAUAUCUGGAAUAAAUUCAUAUCAAAACUAUAUUUCUCUAAGCAAAUUUUUCAAGUUUACAGAUAUUUCCUAAUCUAGAAUUCUUUUUGUAUUUCUAGGUUGUGAAAUUUUUUGAGAGAAUGUAUGGAUGAAUACUUUGAUGUUGAAUUUGUUUUAUCUAGCUUGUGUGAGUCACAGAAGAACUUUAUAAACAACAUGGACCAUUGUAUGGAUGUGUUUAAAAUUGAAAUAAUUAUGCAUAGAUGGUUUCAUUUGUUGACAAUGACACAAUUUACAUGGUGUAUUAUUUCUUUUAUGAAUAAAAGCAUUGCACUGAUA